AUGUCGUCCGGCGUCUGGGCUGGGGAGAUCUCGCGCGAGAGGGCUUGGAACCUGGCCGACAUCUUUGAUUCCUCUGUGACUGUUAAAACAGAACUCGAGAGACACGGCUACAUUGGAGCUCUGGCGUGUUCAAGCGAUGCAUCUACAGGGUUUCCUCUAGGUGCGCAUUUUGAGCUGCAUAUCGAGCAGGGCCCCAUCUUGGAGGAGAGCGGCAAGAAAAUUGGUGUCGUGCAGGGUGCGCAGGCAUACCGCUGGUACACCUUUACUGUUAAGGGCCGUGACGCUCACACGGGUACGACACCGUUGAAGUCGCGCAAGGAUCCGCUGCUUGCGGCCUCGAAGAUGAUUGCAGCCUCCCACGCGAUUGCGAAGAAGCUGGGUGCUUUAGCGACUACCGGAGUCAUCAAGAUCCCGCCCAGUUCGUCUACCAACACCAUCAUCUCUGAGGUCACCUUUACUCUUGACAUUCGACACCCAGAGGAUGCCGUCGUAGAAGAAGUACAGCAGCAAUGCGUGAAGUCUUUUGAGAAAAUUGCCAAGGAAGACGGCCGCGGUGUUGAGCUGCAAUGGACGCUCGACACUGAUUCGCCGGCGGUCAAGUUUGAUGAGGAAUGCAUUCAAGCCGUGGAGAAUGCGGCUAACGGUCUUGUCGGGCCCGAUGGAUGGUUGUCGUUGACGAGCGGCGCUGGCCAUGACAGCGUCUACACGAGCAAGCGAUGCCCGACCACGAUGAUCUUCGUUCCUUGUAAAGAUGGAGUGAGCCAUCACCCCGAGGAGUACUGCAGCCCGGAGGACUGUCCUGAUGUUGAGACACUUGAGCUGACGAUUGAUAGUGCCAAUGGCACUCAAGCACUGCUUGAAGCCGUCGUCAGUUAUGACCAACUACGAGCGAGACGGAGUUGA